CCUUGGGGACCUUCUACAAUGAGCUCAGUCCAGGGUGGGCCAGGCCCAGGCUGCCAGGCUGCUUCCGGGAACCCUGAGCCAUGGCCUCAAGUGCUGUUGAUCAAUAACACCCUCUAGUCUACAUGUCCAAAUGUCUUGAUGUCUGCUCCGUACAUGACCACAGCCUGAGUCUGCGUCUGACCGAAGACGCUUCAAGCUGGUUCGUGUUGCAGUCUAACGGGGCCAAGACUGACAGGGAGCUGGGGGAGAUGGGCGAGUCCCCGAGGUCCCAAAAAGCUUCCUUCCUUCCCUCAUCAGUCCAAGACUGGCUGACUGGCCCAGCAAGCCCAGCAAGCCCAGCAAGCCCAGUCAAUAUUGCCACCCGUAACCCAUCUCCCCCCGCGCCGCUGGUUCGCCCUCCUCCACCACCACGUCGGGCAUUGAGCGGCGCACGCUGCCCAGGGCUGCCCAGGUCUGCCGGGCUGCAAGGGCUGCCAGGGCUGCCAGGCAUUUGGCAUGUCAUGAAUCAACCCACCGUCCAGCCGUCAAGCCGUCAAGCUGUCCUGCCGUCCCUUGAUGAGUCGCGCCGUCGCCUGGGCCUGCUGGGCGGGCUGCUUGGGCUGGCUGAGCAGACGAAACGCACAAUGCCUGCACACGCACGCGCACCUUGUUCUCGUGUCAGAUUGACCAUGGAGACCUCAGACCGUGACUGACGAGGACAGAGCCAUGAGCAGUGUGGUCUUAAACACGCAUCCAUCAUUGGCCCUUCGCCUGCCCGUCUGGAACUCACGGCCUCCAAUGGCCUCCGAUGGCCUGACCUGCCACCUGCGAGGGCUUGCUGCCAACACGACACCACAGUCGCCCACCCUGCCUGCCAGGCAUGCCCUUCACAUUUCACAACGAGACGCGUCCGCAUGUCCAUGUCUCCUCGCCCGGCACCUGGCAAUUAAUUAAAUGGGACAACCGCGUUUGGGCACUACCUCCGCUCCGCGCCUGAGCCACAGCCAAGGACAACCGUUAGAUGGCACAGUGUGCAGGCGCCAGCCCUCCAAGACCGCGAGGGAGGGUGGGCCACGUCAAGAUCGCUGAGAAAAGCCGCUCCCGCGCGCGGUGUUGCACAGACCCGGAGACAGUGUUGUCCCCGCAAUCGCCACGGUCCAUUACAUCUCGACCUUCACGCUGGGGUAAGACGACCCGGUGACGCCCCGACGCCCCGCCUUCCGAACCACUGUCCUGUGAAGGGACCUGGAUUAAAUUACCGUCUACCUAGGGCUGCUAGGCUGCUAGGCUGCCAGGCCGCCUGGCUGCUAGGGACUCCGUCGUCGACACCAUCUCGUCGAGACAACGCCUGACAUCAUCUGCCACCCUACGUGACCGACCGGAACGCCUACCCAGGGAGCCAGCCAGAGCACGGCAGGGUGUGGCCCGUCGCCGUUGUGGACUGCUGGUUGAACAGCAGAACGGCUGGCAGUCUGGUAGUCUGGCUGUCACUUGGGCAGUCGGGGUGGACAGGCAAGACAGGCUGCCCCGCCCCUCUCCUGUGGAAUGCUUUCGCCUAGAACCCGCCGAGGCCACCUGCUAGGUUUAAAGGAAGUGCUCCGUGCUAGCUAUGCCGUGCCUCGCCCCAGCUCGCUUACCGUAGUUGGCCGUCUUUGGGUGGCUGCACGCGGCAGCGAUCUCACUCAGGGUCCCCUCCCCAGUGCGCUGGCGUGCCCGUACUGCCCUGGCAUCCAGGACUGUCAGGCAACCCGGCAUCCUCGAGGCCUGUCUUGCCUGUCUAUCUGCACAGCACACUAGUGAGCAGUUGGCCACCGCAACCAAGGGCGCAAGCGUUUAGAUCCCUGCAGCUUUCUCGGGAAACUGGCAUCAGCAACAUGCACGCCAGGCACUCUAUCUGAGCAGACGACCACAGGAAUGGCAAUGGCUAGGCUGCAGGGCCCGCCAGCUGGCACCUGCUGGCACGGAAACGCAAGGGAUUCGACCUUUUUUUGGUUUCGUGAACAAGCACACCAUGACAAACGGGGCAAAGGGCUUGGUGGGCAGAUGGGCUGACUGCGAGUUGGCUUGGCAGUUGGCAGGCAGGUACUGUGUAGGCAGGUCCGUAAGUAGGGCGUCUGCAUGGGCUGGCUAUCUGCAGCUCUGCGGUCGACCCCUUGUCGAUGUCCAAAUCCAUAACUUUACUUUCACCGUGUGUAUUUCUAGACUCUGGCUGGAUAAGCCGUAAAUGAUCACAGCCCUCGAGUCAGCCUCUGGACCUUGUUUCGGGCUCAGCUUUCGAGGAUUCCGCGACCCUCCCCCCCCCCCGAGGGUGAGGAGGUGGGCGUGGAGGAGACUUCAGACCUAACGCGGCCAGGGCGGCGCCGUAGGUGAUGCUUCUGUUGUGUGUACAAGUGUGCUGUUUCACAGGACCUCCGCCUGCUCAAUGCUCCGGGGCGUGCAGACGCACCACUGGCCAGCACUGGCCAGCACUGGCCAAAGCUGAGGGAGAAAGGCGUAGCUAGCCCCGCUCAUCCUGUCAUCCCACAGGGACGGAUUAGACCAGCAAGGGAUCGCCAGUGUUGC